GACCCCACCAGAGUAGCUAGAUACAGAGUGUGGAUUGGUGCAUUCACAAACCCUGAGCUAGACACAGGGUGCUGAUUGGUGUGUUUACAAACCUUGAGCUAGAUACAGAGUGCUGAUUGGUGUAUUUACAAUCCCUGAGCUAGACAUAAAGAUUCUCCAGUACCCACCAGACUCAGGAGCCCAGCUGGCUUCACCCAGUGGAUCCCGCACAGGGGCUGCAGGUGGAGCUGCCUGUCAGUCCCGGGUCCAUGCGCCUGCAGCACUCCUCAGCCCUUGGGUGGUCGAUGGGACUGGGCCCCGUGGAGCAGGGGGUGGAGCUUGUCAGGGAGGCUCAGGCCGCACAGGAGCCCAUGGAGCGGGUGGGAGGCUCAGGCAUGGUGGGCUGCAGGUCCCGAGCCCUGCCCCGCGGGAAGGCAGCUAAGACUCGGUGAGAAAUCGAGCGCAGUGCCGGUGGGCUGGCACUGCUGGGGGACCCAGUACACCCUCCGCAGCCGCUGGCCCAGGUGCUAAGCCCCUAAUUACCCGGGGCAGGCAGGGCCAAGCCCACGCCCACCCGGAACUCCAGCUGGCCCGCAAGCGCCGUGCGCAGCCCGGGUUCCCACUCGCCUCUCCCUCCACACCUCCCUGCAAGCUGAGGGAGCGGGCUCCGGCCUUGGCCAGCCCAGAAAGGAGCUCCCACAGUGUAGUGGUGGCCUGAAGGGCUCCUCGAGUGCCGCCAAAGUGGGAGCCCAGGCAGAGGAGGCGCCGAGAGCGAGCGAGGGCUGUGAGGACUGUCAGCACGCUGUCACCUCUCAAUGCCUGUAAUCCUAGCACUUUAGGAGGCCGGAGUAGGCGGAUAACUUGAGGUCAGGAGUUCGACACCAGCCUGACCAACAUGGUGAAACCCCGUCUCUACUAAAAAUACAAAAGAAUAGCGCCCCGGAAGAGCCUCGUCCUGGGCAGCGGUGGCGCGGCGGUCGCUGUGAUACCCACGGGGCUGGGCGGCUGACCGCUGGGCUAGGAAAGGGCCUAGCGCCCCGAAUCUUGGUGGCCGCUGCUGCAGCGCGGCCUGCGCCAUGGCCACCUCCGCCGCCUCCUCCGAGCGUUUCAAGAAGCUGCAGGAAAUCUUCCGCGGCCUCCAUGAAGACCUACAAGGGGUGCCCGAGCGGCUGCUGGGGACGGUGGGGACCGAAGAGAAUAAGUCGAUCAGGGAUUUUGAUGAAAAGCAACAGGAAGCAAAUGAAAUGCUGGCAGGGAUGGAGGAGGAGCUACGUUAUGCACCCCUGUCUUUCCGUAACCCCAUGAUGUCUAAGCUUCGAAACUACCGGAAGGACCUUGCCAAACUCCAUUGGGAGGUGAGAAGCACGCCUUUGACAGCCACACCAGGAGGGCGAGGAGACAUGAAAUAUGGCAUAUAUGCUGUAGAGAAUGAGCAUAUGAAUCGGCUACAGUCUCAAAGGGCAAUGCUUUUGCAAGGUCCUGAAAGCCUGAACCGGGCCACCCAAAGUAUUGAACGUUCUCAUCAGAUUGCCACGGAGACUGACCAGAUUGGCUCAGAAACCAUAGAAGAGCUGGGGGAACAACGAGACCAUUUAGAACGCACCAAGAGUAGACUGGUAAACACAACUGAAAACUUGAGCAAAAGUCGAAAGAUUCUCCGUUCAAUGUCCAGAAAAGCGACAACCAACAAGCUGCUGCUUUCCAUCAUCAUCUUACUGGAGCUCGCCGUCCUGGGAGGUCUGGUUUACUACAGAUUCUUUCGCAACCAUUGAACUUCUGUAGAGAAGGGUUUGUGGACCAGAACUUUUACCUUGUGAAUGCAUGAUGUUAGGGAUGUGGAUGGAAUAAGCAUAUUGCUGCUGAGGGCUAACAGUUCAGGCAUGCACUGUGUAACCAGGCUGUGGGAGGAGGCAGGAAAGAUGGAAAGCCACUUAAAUGUGAAGGAACAGCAAGAAGACCAGUAUGAUAUACCAAGGUAAUAAAUGCUGUUUAUGACUUCUUUUAAAAAAAUACAAAAACUAGCUGGGCAAGGUGGCACAGGCCUGUAAGCCCAACUACUUGGGAGGCUGAGGCAGGAGAAUCACUUGAACCCAGGAGGUGGAGGUUGCAGUGAGCCGAGAUCGCACCACUGCACUCGAGCCUAGGUGACAGAGCAAGACUCUGUUUCAGAAUAAAAAAUAAAAAAAAGACGCAUGUAGCUAUGCUAAGGUUUUUGCAUGAUGGUUUAUUUGGAAUAUAACAUAUACAGACUCAUUGCCUCUACUGAAAUUUUGACAGGAAGGGUCCCAACUAACAUCCUAUAACAUCCAUAAACGCCUGCAUAUGCGCAGCAAAUCUCUGGCUUCUUUUGGGAAGAAACUGGCUCUUCCUCUGGGAAGAGAAGCUGCGGGGGCCGAGGUCAGGGGCAGAACUAUAUUUAUUUUAUUGAUAUCCCUUUUUACUGUUUGCAUGUGCUAUGCGCACGUACUACUUUAAAAAAAUUCAAAUAAAUUAAAGAGAAAAAUAUAUAAAUAAGGAGAAGAUAACUUCUGCAUAAAUGGAUAUUAAUAUCAUGCUCUUGGUUGGGACAAUUUGUCAUUGUAGAAUUGUUCAGUCCUCCAAAGUUAAUCUAUAAAUGUGGUGCAAUACUAAUAAAAAUCCUAUCAAGAUUUUUUGCAAGAAUUUGACAAAUAAAUGAAUAAAUAAACCUCU